AGGACUGUGAAUUCUUGCUGGGUGUACUCAAUGGUCUGGAAGAAGUACCAGGCACUACUGCAGUCCAAGGGCAUCGUAGGCAUAGGAACCAAGGCAGUAACGUCUGCAGCUAUCGCGUUUGCGGGAGAUGUCUUUUGCCAAACCGUCCUCGAGAGACAGACCGCACAGCAAUGGACAGGAGAGCUGUCGCACAUGAACAAGACUGAGAGCAAGAUGCAAGUGACCACCAUAGAUUGGAAGCGACUGUCUAACUUCACUCUCUUGGGAGGGGUACUUGUUGCUCCUACCUUGCACUACUGGUAUGGUUUCCUCGGCAGGGCAGUGCCAGGGACGAACUUUGCUGCUGCCUUCAAGCGCGUCUUCCUCGAUCAAGCCUUCUUCGCCCCGAGCUUCAUCGCGGUCUUCAUCUCCUCCGUCAACGCCCUCGACGGGAAAUCGCAGGAGGAGGUCGUGAAGAGCGUGCAGACGCACUGGGGGCCGAGCGUCAUCAACAACUGGAAGCUGUGGAUCCCCGCGCAGUUUGUGAACCUCUGGGUUGUUCCUCCUCACCUCCAGGUCCUCUUCUCUAACGGCGUCGCCGUCAUCUGGAACAUGUACUUGUCUUGGGUCACCCACCGCCCUGCUCAGCAGGACUGAGCCGCGUCAGCUGGGGCCGAGCUCGUGUAGAUGUACAUAAGGAGAGGGACAGGGGGCCUCUCAGUGAUACUUUGAUUUAUUGUUGCACACAA